GGCGCGUUGACAUUCAUAAUUGUCUCCUCCAUUUGGAACACGCGUCACCUUUGACACACUUCUACUCGAACUCGCUCAUCUCUUCGAUCUCUUCGCUCCAGCAACACUCUCCUUCUCUUCACUCUCUCUUCCUUCCAGGGAACCUAAACCGACAACAACACUCUCUUGUGUUCGCCGACCGAUUCUCUCGUUCUAUACAGCGUACAGAAAGCGUAGAUGUAUAACAUCUGAAUGCGAAAGAGACGGAGUUAGCAAUCGAACUCUCUGCUUCUCUCUUCAAAAAUGGAGGAUAUACAGCAACCGGAGGCGCAAUUAAACGGCCUCGGGGGACCGCAACUGUCGACGAUGACAUCGGAACCUGUUGGAUCAAAACGUCAGCGAAGGCCAAGCGUCCGAUUAGGCGACAUCGGGGGCGACCAGCCCUACGACUCUCACGGGCGAAGAUCUUCAGCUAUUGUCAAGCAAUUUAAGCAACAACUCCCUCUUGACCACAGAAAGGAUCCGAAAUCGUCCAAAACCCGCCCUCUCACUAACCUAACUGAAUUCCAAAACGAAACCCUAGAAGAGGAUAGAGAGGUCAAUUUGGACACUGUCGCCAUUGGGAGUUGGCGAGUCAAGGAUUCGAAAAAACGAGGCUCCAAUGCCACCACGAAACGCGUCCGGUCCAAUUGGAUUUCUAGAGUCGCUGAUAGUGGAGUCGGCGGCAAUAAUGUUGAGGGAGAGGAGAAAUACAGCGGCGGGGAAGACAUGGACGAGAACGGUACGUAUCGUGAUUUUGAUAGGGAGAACUCUGAGAGUCCGUUGAGAGAACAGAGUCCGAUUCUUUCGAAUGAGAACUUAGCAGAUGCGAGAUAUAGGAGGCCAAUUAUGGCACGAGAUGGGGUUGAUUUUUCGGGUCCAUCAGAUACAGAUGAUAGGAAUAACAAUAAUGGGAGUCACGGAGAGGAUGGGGUGAAGGUUUGGCUAAACAGCCUAGGGCUAGGGCGAUAUGCACCAGUUUUCGGGAUUCAUGAGGUGGAUGACGAGGUAUUGCCCUUGUUGACAUUGGAGGAUUUGAAGGAUAUGGGGAUAAAUGCAGUUGGCUCCAGGAGAAAAAUGUAUUGUGCCAUCCAAAAGCUUGGGAAGGGCUUUUCAUAAACUUCUUCUCAUUUUACUCAGUCUUAGCUGUGGCAACGUAAGGUGCACCAUAUCUGAUCCUAUUUGAUGAGCUUUUCUUCUAGUUACUUUUUUUUCAAUAGAAUUGGAGUAGUUUAGAUUGAAUAGGUUGUUUUUGGCCGAGCUUCUUGUCCCACUACUAACUUCCUAAUCUCGUGCAGUUUUCUGCUGCAUCAUAAUCUAAUUUAGUUGGUCGCUUGAGCAGAUGGACGAUGUGGUAAUGAUUUGGUAAUGCUUGUUUAUGAAUUGAGUGGAAUCCCGUCUUACUUUUGUGUGAUUAAAAAGGAACCUAAAAUUAGAUUACAAAAAUUAUAUUAUGAUCGUCAUUGCAAAUAUCUUCCAAUUGAUUCCAAAGUCCUCGUUAUUUAAUUCACUUUUGGAAGAGUGAUUUUGUAUCUAAAGAAUCCGUUCACUA